AUGUCAUUCGACGUUCGAGCUUGUCUCGUCAUCUCACUCGCUUCAGUUUUCGACAGGGACAUGAACAAGUACCGACAAGUCCUAUACAAAGGCCAUUUGUCCGAGAUAAUCGUACCUUACAUGGAUCCAAGUGAAGACUGGUACUACAGAACUUACCUAGACUGCGGUGAAUUUGGCUGCAGCCAAUCGGCAGUGUCCCUUGAACCGUACACCGAUUGUCCCGCAGGUGCCGUCUUCAUUGAAGGCAUAUUUGCGGGCCAAUACGGAACUCCUACAAAAAUACCAAAUGUUAUGUGUACUUUCGAAAAAUAUGCUGGAGACAUUUUGUGGAGACAUACCGAAACUACAACUAUCACAGAGGUUAGACCGGAAGUUAGUCUUGUAGCUCGGAUGGUUGGCUUAACCGGUGUACUAGAAGUUAAACCGGUAGAAUAUGUCCACACAUCAGAGAUCAAAGAUAAAGAAGACAUACAUGGAACGAUUGUUGCGGACAAUACCGUUGGUGUUAACCACGACCAUUUUGUGACAUUCCGUCUUGAUCUUGACAUCGACGGUACAAAUAAUUCAUUUGUUCGUAACGAACUCGUGACCAAGAGGACUCCAAAAUCCGUUAACACACCGAGAAAAAGCUAUUGGACGACGAGGCCAAAGACGGCCAAAACCGAGGCGGAUGCUCGGGUGAAACUAGGGGUGGUUAACCCGAACCGGAAAACAAAACAUGGCAAUGAGGUUGGAUACUUGUUACUUCCUGGAUCGACAUCAGGCCCAUUAUUGGCCCAAUAUGAUCACCCGCAGAUUCGGGCUGCAUUCACAAACUAUAACGUGUGGAUCACGCGGUAUAACAAGUCGGAGGUUUGGGCUAGUGGUUUGUACGCAGACCGGAGCCGAGGCGACGACACUUUAGCCGUCUGGUCUCAAAGGCUUUGUCGAAUGGGAAACCAACAGUGGUAG